AUGCCAACGUUGUGUCCCAGUUUCUUUUCACAAUCUUUUUCGUCCCCCCCCCCCCCACCACUAGUUGAGCACCCGCUCUAUUUUUUCACUUCUGCAUUCUUCAUUAUUGCAGACGAUCGAAAUAUGGAAUUGCUCACCUCACCGUCGUUCCACCAUAUCUCGCCACUCACCCGUUCUAGGAGCGAUGUUCGUUCAUCUGCAAUGAAAAGAGGACUACGAAAAAUGUCGAAUAAAAAAAAAGUGUUCCAGAUCCAACUCGUUCUCCGGCGUGUCCCGCUCCACCUCGGCCAACCGAUUCUCUCGUCCCGACUACGGAUAUGGCGGUGGCUACAUGAGGAUCUCUCUUCGGGAGAUCUUUGGCCGCCACCGCGCUCACCAAGACUCCACCAUUCCACAAUGUUGGAGUUCAACGCAGCACUCCACACUACACUGACAAGUAAAGUCUACUCGCGUCACUCUGGAAUCCGUGACAUUGGAACCAAACGCUGGCUCGAGGGAAAGCUCAAUGCCUACAACACCUCUUUGUUCACCCGCCCGGACUACCAAAAACGUGUCGAGAAGCCGAUCGCCUCGACCAGAAGCUAUGUGAGAUACAUGCCAGUUGAUGAUGCUUUGGAUAUGUACAAGAAGAGAUGUAUGACCGUGGGAACUCUUUCGAAGUACUGGCUCUCUCCAGCCACCUGGGCAUCUCGCCGUGAGAAGGAGCUCAACCUUUCCUCAUCUCUCAGCCGCGGAAACUACUCCUACUCUAGCCGGUUCGACAGACUUGGCGGCCGCGUCUACUAA